AUGGCUUUCGCAUCGUCAAUGCCUAGAGAUGCCACAUCACACCCUGCAGCACAAAAAUGGGAUUUUGAUUGGGGUUAUUCUGGGAUUUCGACAUUUGGGCACCUGCCACACGAACGAUGCCUUGCAGAUCCUAGCAUUCCGUUCGAUAUAGCCGUCCUGGGCAUCCCUUUCGACACAGCGGCCAGUUACCGGCCAGGCGCAAGAUUCGGGCCCCGGGCUAUUCGAGCAGCGUCGAACCGACAUCUCCCUAGUCGGGGCUUUAGUCCAUACGCGGGGGUCAAUCCGUACAUGUCCUGGGCACGGGUAUUAGACUGUGGAGAUAUUCCGGUUACUCCGUUCGACAAUGAGCUCGCCUUGAAGCAGAUGACUGAGGCGUUGCAAGAGCUAGGCGAAAGAUCGGCAACGAAUUCGAAAGAUGGUCAGCCACCUAAGCUAAUUUUGCUUGGGGGUGACCACUCCAUCGCACUGCCUGCUCUUCGAGCGCUGAAGAGCGCAUAUAGACAACCGAUAGCCGUAGUUCACUUCGAUGCCCACCUUGACACUUUACAUCCCAACAGCUAUCCCAGUGUAUGGUCGUCUCCCCAGUCCGACUUUACACACGGAUCCAUGUUCUGGUUGGCUACAAAGGAAGGCUUGAUACAGAACGGUACCUCGGUGCAUGCCGGUCUCCGCACCCGUCUCACCGGUGCUGGUUGGGAUGAUUAUCAAAGGGAUGAUGAACAAGGGUUCCUGAGGCUGACGACAGAGGACAUCGAUGAGAUCGGUCCACAGGGUAUUGUGGACAAGAUUAUACGUCGCACUGGCACUGAACAUCCUGUAUACCUAUCGUUCGACAUAGAUGUCUUGGAUCCGGGUAUUGCGCCCGGAACUGGCGCCCCAGAGCCAGGAGGCUGGACGAUGCGUGAAGUUAAUAGGAUAUUGAGGGGCCUGCGCCCACUUAACAUUGUCGGUGCCGACAUUGUCGAGGUUUCACCAGCUUAUGACGACAAAGGCGAGAGCACUGCAUUUGCGGCUGCUCAAAUUGCCUACGAGUUGAUCACGAACUGGGUGCUGAGCGGAUCCGACACAGACAGGAACCAUGGUACAGUAACAACUAUUCAUUGGCAACUUCGGGAGACAUGA